AUGCCGCGCACAAAGAGAUUUACAGCAAGAAAAAGAUCAACAACAUCAACAACAUCAUCUACUCCUCCAAUCCUAGAAACUCAAAAUGUGCAGUCCAAUGUUGCCAUACAAAAUGUAGGCCAAGAAGAUCAAGUUCAUUCUCCAUCCCAAGAACCAGCUGAUGUACCACUUGAAGUACAACGGGUUAAGAGAGCAUGCAACAAAUACUGGGUUGUUGAAGUUAUAGAUGAUAGAGGAAGGAAAUCCGAGGAAAGAUUGAGGAUCAAGGAUGUUUUGGUACUGCCGGAACACAAGAAGGUUUUGGUACAAUGGUCCGAAGAUGGUCAACCUGUUGGGGAUGGUUCUUCACUUUUGAAUGUCUUUUUGGGACAUCUUGCAUGUAACACUAAUAUAUUCCCCAUAAGUUAUCCGAGGUGGCCUGAUGUACUUCCCUGCUAUAAGAUUGAUGUUUGGGAAAACACAAGUAAGAAAAAGUUUGACCUUUGCACUGAUGACGAGCACGACUAUUGUAUGGGAAAUAUAGGUAAAAAGUGGAAGGAUAAUAGGCACAGGUUGUGUGUUGAAUUUAUUGACAAAAUCAAAACUUUUGAGGAAAACCUAAAAAAUUAUCCAGACGGUAUGACUAGAGAGCAGUGGGCUGGUUUUUUCACUUAUAAGACAAGUGAGAAAGCACAGAAAUAUAGUGAGAUUAAUACAAGAAAUCGAGCAAAACAGACUAUAAUGCAUACACUUGGUGCUAAAUCUAUUGCAAAGACAAAACACGAAUUGGACGAAUUACUAGAAGAAAUUCAAGAUGUAUCUGAUGAAGAUGAAGCCUUUGAACUUGUGUUUGGGAAGGAGCACUCAGGUCGCGUUAGAGGAAUGGGGUUUGGGGUGGUUCCAUCUCAAAUGCGUAAGCGCAAAGCCUGUGCAGAAUCAUCUUCUAACAGUGGUCCUAGUCAAGCUGAGUAUAAUUCCCUUAAAGAAGAGCAUAAUUCCCUUAAAGAAGAGCUUGACACUUUAAAAGGACAGAUGGCUGCACUUAUACAGCAUAUGGGUGGUACACUACCCCCUAAUUUGGAUGCAGAUAUGGGCUCCCCAGGAAUAAGAAGAUCAUCUAAUGCGAGUCAUAAUCCAGCAGGCGGUUCAUCACCUAUUGUUCCACCACAACCUUGA